CCUGCAGCAAGCCCAGUCCUGAAGAUUCGACAGUUCAAACAUGGCGGUCGAUUUCGCUGCAGAAGAGGCCGCCACUCUUAAGCGCUGGCGGGAGAUUGAGGCUUUCCAAACCCAACUGCGGCUGUCGAAGGACAACAAGCCUUACACUUUCUACGAUGGCCCGCCGUUUGCGACCGGUCUUCCUCACUAUGGCCACUUGCUGGCUUCGACCAUAAAAGACAUUAUACCGAGGUACUGGUCCAUGAAGGGUUAUUAUGUUGAGCGGAGAUUUGGCUGGGACACUCAUGGCUUGCCAAUUGAGUACGAGAUUGACAAGAAAUUCAAUAUUUCCGGGCCGGCUGCGGUAAAAGAAAUGGGAAUUGCAAAAUACAAUGCGGAAUGCAAGGCUAUCGUCAUGAGAUUUGCGACAGAUUGGAGAGAGACUAUUGAUCGCCUAGGGCGUUGGAUCGACUUUGACAACGACUACAAGACCAUGGAUCCUACCUUCAUGGAGUCUGUGUGGUGGGUUUUCAAGCAGUUGUUCGAUCAGGGACAGGUGUAUCGCAGCUACAGAGUCAUGCCAUUCUCGACCGCGUUGAGCACACCUCUGAGUCAGCACGAAGCACAGUCAAACUACAAAGAUACCCAGGACCCGGCCGUGGUCGUUGCGUUUCCCUUGGAGGAUGAUCCCAAGACAAGUCUCCUGGCCUGGACGACUACGCCAUGGACGUUACCAUCCAAUCUCGCUUUGGCCGUCAACCCCAAGUUCGAGUAUAUCAAAUUUCUGGACAAAGAUUCUGGUCAGCAGUUCAUCAUGCUCGAACAACUACUUCGUACGCUGUACAAGGACCCAAAGAAGGCCAAGUUCACUAUCUUGGAAAAGAUCAAAGCCACCGAUCUCCAAGGAAAGCGCUAUCUGCCACCUUUCGACUACUUCUAUGAAGAUUUCAAAGACCGUGCCUUCAAGGUCUUGCUCGCCGAUUAUGUAACGGACGACGACGGUACUGGAGUGGUCCAUCAAGCCCCAGCUUUUGGUGAGGACGAUUUUCGAGUUGGUUUCGAAAAUGGUAUUGUCAGCCACCAAAAACUUCCACCCAACCCUGUCGACAACACAGGCCGUUUCACGAAUGAGGUCACAGACUUUGCCGGUCAGCAUGUGAAGGAAGCUGACAAGCACAUCAUCAAGCACUUGAAGGCCUCUGGCAGACUCAUUCGAGAAAGUCAAUUGACCCAUCCGUACCCUUUCUGCUGGCGGUCGGACACACCUCUGAUCUACCGUGCUAUUUCCGGCUGGUUUGUGAAUAUUGCUGGGAACGAUAACGUGCCUAGCAUCAUCCCCGAUAUGCUAGAUGGAAUUGCAAAGUCCCACUGGGUUCCGAAUUUUGUGAAAGAGAAACGCUUUGCUGAGUGGAUCAAGAAUGCUCGCGAUUGGAACAUUUCCAGGAAUCGGUAUUGGGGAACACCUAUUCCGCUCUGGGCGAACGAUGACUAUUCCGAGGUCAUUGCUAUUGGGAGUAUCGAAGAGCUGAAGAAGUUCAGCGGCUACACAGGAGAGAUCAAUGAUCUCCAUCGAGACGCCAUUGAUGAUAUCACAAUUCCAAGUCAGAAGGGCAAUGGCGUUCUGAGACGUGUCGAGGAAGUCUUCGACUGCUGGUUCGAAUCUGGAAGCAUGCCUUAUGCUUCUUCGCACUACCCAUUCGAAAACUCCGACCGCUUCGAACAAACUUUCCCUGGCGACUUCAUUGCUGAGGGUCUUGACCAGACUCGAGGAUGGUUUUACACCCUAGUCAUCUUAGGUAUCCACCUAAAGAAGAUGUUGCCAUUCAAGAACUGCGUGGUUAACGGCAUCGUGCUUGCCGAAGACGGGAAGAAGAUGUCGAAACGACUCAAAAACUAUCCAGAUCCUACCACGGUCAUCGAUAAAUAUGGCGCCGACGCCCUCCGUUUGUACAUGAUCAAUUCGCCUGUCGUUCGAGCCGAGCCUUUGAGAUUCAAGGAAACCGGCGUGAAGGAAAUUGUGGCAAAGGUGCUUCUGCCGUUCUGGAAUAGCUACAAAUUCUUCGAGGGUCAAGUGGAGCUGUUGAAGAAAGUCGAAAAUGUUGACUACGUUUUCGACCCGAAAGCGGAAAGAACCAAUACCAACGUGAUGGACAAAUGGAUUCUAGCCAGCUGCCAGAGUCUGCUCAAAUACAUCAACGAGGAAAUGGCAGCCUACAGACUGUAUACAGUUGUUCCUGGCCUGUUGAACUUGAUUGAUGAAACCACAAACUGGUACAUUCGGUUCAAUCGCAAACGUUUGAAGGGCGAGUUGGGUUUAGAUGACACGAUCCACGCUUUGAACACCUUGUUUGAUGUCCUCUUCACCCUCGUCCGAGGACUGGCACCUUUUACGCCUUUCAUCACCGACCUCAUCUACAGCAAACUGCUACCAUACAUCCCUAAAUCUCUGUACAGCGAAGACAUGCGAAGCGUACAUUUCCUUCCAUUCCCAGAAGUCCGAGAAGAGCUCUUCAACGAGGACGUCGAAAGACGAGUGGGACGUAUGCAGAAAGUCAUUGAGCUUGCACGACAAUCAAGAGAGCGGAGAGCACUGGGUUUGAAGACGCCCCUGAAAACUCUUGUGGUCAUCCACAAGGACCAGCAGUAUCUCGAUGAUGUCAAGUCGUUAGAAGGAUACAUUACUGAGGAGCUGAAUGUUCGAGACCUGGUUCUGUCCUCGGACGAGGAGAAGUACAAUGUCCAGUAUAGUGUCACGGCAGAUUGGCCUGUUCUGGGCAAGAAGCUGAAGAAGGAGGUGCAGAAAGUGAAAAAGGCCCUUCCAGAUGUCACAAGCAGCGAGUGUAAGGCAUAUCUCUCAGAAGGAAAAAUCACGGUCGCCGGCAUCGAAUUGGUCGAAGGAGACCUGGUAGUGAGAAGAGCUCUCAGAGAAGACGAAAGCUCCAAGGACCAGGAGACCAACACAGACAACGACGUUCUGACCAUUCUCGAUGCUGCUUUACAUCCAGAGCUGGCACAGGAGGGGCUUGCCCGUGAGAUCAUCAAUCGUGUACAACAGCUUCGGAAGAAAGCGAAUCUCAAGCCCACUGACGAUGUCAAGAUGGAAUACAAGGUGCAAGAAGAUCCAGACAAUAUCGGAUUGGAGCAAGUCUUUGAGCAGCAGGGUGCGUACAUUGAGAAGGCGCUGAGACGGCCUGUGGACAAGCAUGUCGUUACAGAGUUUGACGGGCAGGUUCCAAAUGGAGUCAAGCAAGAUUUCAUCCUUGAGGAGGUGCAAGAAGUGCAAAAAGCGACGUUUUUGUUGAGGCUGCUCAAGCUGUGAAGAGCACAAACACAUGUAGGAUGAAAACGCUUUGAUUAUGAGGGUAGAAUUAGAGCGAGUUAAGGCAGCCUAGGCCUUCCAGAGAACUCUUAUGAUCUCUUCGCGUUUUUCUAGGGAAGAUGUCAGCUAGAAGUAUCAGAAAAGAGACGAAUGAUGAAACAUAGCAAGG